AUGCACAACCUCUCUGCUCAGCCCUGGCAGGCGAAGAUGGCCAACCUGACCUAUGACAACUUCACCCUGGGCAACCGCUCUGAGGUGGCCAUCCAGCCUCCCACCAACUACAAGACAGUGGAGCUGAUUUUCAUCGCCACAGUCACUGGCUCACUCAGCCUCGUCACUGUGGUGGGGAACAUCCUGGUGAUGUUAUCCAUCAAGGUGAACCGCCAGCUGCAGACUGUCAACAACUACUUCCUCUUCAGCCUGGCCUGCGCAGACCUCAUCAUUGGGGUCUUCUCCAUGAACCUCUACACGGUCUACAUCAUCAAAGGUUACUGGCCACUGGGGGCCGUGGUGUGUGACCUGUGGUUGGCCCUGGACUACGUGGUGAGCAAUGCCUCUGUCAUGAACUUACUCAUCAUCAGCUUUGACCGGUACUUCUGUGUCACCAAGCCCCUGACGUACCCAGCCAGGAGGACCACCAAGAUGGCGGGGCUAAUGAUUGCGGCUGCGUGGAUAUUGUCCUUCGUUCUCUGGGCCCCUGCCAUCUUGUUCUGGCAGUUCGUUGUGGGCAAGAGGACAGUCCCUGAGAGGGAAUGUUACAUCCAGUUCCUCUCCAACCCAGCAGUGACCUUCGGCACGGCCAUCGCUGCUUUCUACCUGCCCGUGGUCAUCAUGACGGUGCUGUACAUCCACAUCUCCCUGGCCAGCAGGAGCAGAGUGAGGAGGCACAAGCCUGAAAGCAGGAAAGAGAGGAAAGGCAAGUCCCUCAGCUUCUUCAAGGGGCCCCUGAUCAAACAGAAUAACAACAAAUCCCCCAAGAAGGCCGUGGAGGUGAAGGAGGAGGUGAGGAAUGGGAAAGUGGAUGACCAGCCGUCAGCACAGACAGAGGCCACUGGCCAUCAGGAGGAGAAGGAGACUUCCAACGAGUCCAGCACAGUCAGCAUGACUCAGACCACAAAAGACAAGCCCACAGCAGAAAUCUUGCCAGUGAGGCAAGGACAGAGUCCAUCCCACCCCCGGGUGAACCCAUCUUCCAAGUGGUCCAAGAUUAAAAUUGUAACCAAGCAGACUGGGAGCGAAUGUGUCACCGCCAUCGAGAUCGUCCCCGCUAAGGCAGGAGCCUCUGAUCACAACUCCCUGUCCAACAGCCGCCCGGUCAAUGUUGCCAGGAAGUUUGCCAGCAUCGCCAGGAGCCAAGUACGGAAGAAGCGCCAGAUGGCAGCGCGGGAGAAGAAAGUCACCCGGACCAUAUUUGCUAUCCUGCUAGCCUUCAUACUCACAUGGACUCCAUACAAUGUGAUGGUCCUCAUUAACACCUUCUGUGAGACCUGCGUACCUGAAACAGUGUGGUCCAUUGGCUACUGGCUCUGCUAUGUAAACAGCACCAUCAACCCAGCCUGCUACGCACUCUGCAAUGCCACUUUCAAGAAAACCUUCAAGCACCUUCUCAUGUGCCAGUACAGGAACAUUGGCACAGCCAGGUAA